AUGAUACAAGCCACUGAGUCACGCAAACCUGCAGAACGUGUACACUACGAAAAGAACUUGGUAUCAUCUGAGGAAUGGCGUCAAUUCUGGAUUCGAAUUACCUCGGAUGGAACUUUAAUUGAAGUUGGAAAGAACGGCAGCGCCCCGUUCAUGUCUUCGAGAGUAGAGCCUCGUCAAAUUAAGUACUACGGAUUUGCUAGUUCGUCGGAUCCUGUUCACUAUGCUUUUCGGUGUUUUGAAAACAGUGACACAGAUAAUCGCCAGUACAGAACUUUGAUAACCUACGAUAACGCUUACACGUUUUAUCCGAUCGGAGAUAUAAAAAAUGACGAAGAAAUUUUUUUGAAAUUCAACGUAAAAACUGAUCAAGACGCCAUCAUUAUUUUUUCACCUACAAAUGAAACUUUGAAGAAGGAUGAAAAAGUUUUUAAAGUAAUUUUAGGUGGAUAUACUACGAAUACGAUUUCUGCUAUCAAAACCUCCGAAAUCGAUGAACCAAGAAGCGAACAUCGUGAGAAAGAUAUAUUAUCGCCAGAUGAUUGGCGUCAGUUCUGGAUUCGAAAUUCCCCAGAUGGAGCAUCAAUUGAAAUAGGAAAGAAUGGAGGAUCUGCUUUCAUGUCUUUGAAAACGGAGCCUAGACCAAUAAAGUAUUAUGGAUUUGCUAGUGAUGAUAGUUUCGCUACCUGGGCUUUUCCAAAUCUUGAGAAUAAUAACAUAGCGAGAAAUGUUUGCAUGCCUUCACCAUGCGGACCAAACAGCGAAUGUAAACAAAAAGACAACCACGCUAUAUGUUCCUGCAAUCGAAACCAAUUUGAUUCGCCUUCAACAUGCAGAAUGGAAUGCAUUUUCAACUCGGAGUGUCCACAAAACGAAACCUGCAUCGGGAAAACGUGCAAGAAUCCGUGCAAGGGAAUGCGCGACGAAAAUAGAACAUGCGAAGUAGAUAACCAUGCGCCUAUAUAUAACUGUAAACCUGAAUUAACAGGAGAUCCAUUAGCAGAAUGUGUUCGAGAAGAAGAUCUUCCUAAAUACAGAAGCAUAACCAGCUAUGGAGGAGCGCACACAUUUUAUCCGAUCGACGCAAUAAAAAAUGAAAACGAUAUUUUUAUGAAGUUCAAUGUGAAAACUAUAAGAACUGCUAUCAUCACUUUCUCUUCAACAAAUCAACGCGAAAUGGACCAUCAGCAAUUUCUUAAAGUGUCUUUGGCCGGUCCACGUAGUGCACUUGCAACAAUCCACUCACAUCUAACAGACCAAUCUUGGAUAUACGAUGAAACGGAUAACAUGUUAUCAGUUAAUGAAUGGCGUCAGUUUUGGAUUCGAAUUACCUCAGACGGAUCGUCAAUUGAAGUAGGAAAGAAUGGAAAACCAGCCUUCAUGUCCGUAAAAGUUGAACCUUGGCCGAUCAAGUAUUUUGGUUUCACCACUGAAGAAGAGCGUCAUUAUGUUUUCUGGAACUUUGUGUGUUCUAAGAACAUUAACACAGAUCUUCUCCGAUACAGAACUCAAAUAAUGUCUUACGGUGCCGUGACCUUUUAUCCCAUCAAAGAUAUAAAAAAUGACGAUGAAAUUUUUUUGACAUUCGACGUAAAAACAAACUAUGGAGCUAUGAUAACUUUUUCUCCAAAAAAUUAUCGAUUGAGUGAGGAUGAGAGUUGUUUUGAAGUAUUCUUAGGCAAGAAUUCGCGUGGAACGUCAGGAAUCCGAAGUAUUAGACACGGGAAACUAGAAUCUAGUCACGAUGAGGAAAAUAUCGUAUCGGCCGAAGAAUGGCGUCAAUUCUGGAUUCGAAUCGCAAUAGACGGAUCAUCAAUUGAAGUUGGAAAAAAUAGGGGACCCGCCUUCAUGUCUUUGAAAACGAAACCAACAUCAAUUCAGUACUUUGGUUUUGAUCGCGAGUAUUACGGUGGUUCUUUGGACAUUGAUGCUCAGUGGGCUUUUCCAAGUCCUCCGAGCAAAGCUAAUAUUCUGGUAUUCAUAUAAUUUCAACGAUUGGCACGUAAACAAAUGGACUUCAAGAUUUCAAUCCAAAUCAUUUUGCUUCUAUCACCCAAUGAAUUCGCUCCAUCCAGUAAUUUCACGUGCACGUGUUAUUCGCACAAGUGGAAUUUUCUUCAGGAUAAUAAUCUUCUUUCGCAUCUAUUUUCAAGUUCAACGGUCAUCUUAGUAUAACUUCCAUCAUUUUAAAUUACCUAUUCAAAUUUAGUUUCACAGGACAAUACCUACACAUAAACUUGCACAAGUGAUAGAAAAAUUAAUUUUUACGACUACUGAUCACUGUUUAUCUAUUAUGUAUUUUAUGAAAGUUAAUUUUUACCACAACUGAUCAUCUCUUUAUUAUAGUACCUAUGUGCAUUUAAAAAAGUCAAUUUUCAGAACUACUGUUGUUCCUUUAUUGUAAUAUUAUGUAGGUACUUUGAACGCUU